CCCCAACAGUUUGUUUUUUUAGGUUCCAAGGUCCUUAAAAAUUCUAAUUACGGAAAAGGAAAGAAGGGUUGAAAAGGCGCCGUCUACUCUGGAGAAAUUUGUAUUAAGACAUGAGGAGGUGAGUCUUCCGGAGAGACUGCGAAAACCCUAAUUUCGUUCGUGCGCGAAAGGGGUUUUUGGUUCUAUCUUCAGACAACGAUGAUGCACCACUCAACCGACGAUUCGGAACCUGAUGGUGCUAUGCCCGUCCAACAAAGAGACGACUCUGCCUCCUCCUCCGACUCUGCUUCCGCCGUUUCUAAUCACACCAUCACUAUCACCGUUUACCAUGGCUCCUCCGACCACCAUCUCCAUGUUCCUCAGCACGCCACUUUCGGGGAUGUAAAGAAAGCCCUUGUUCUGGAAACUGGGUUGGAGGCUACUGAUCUGAAGAUCUUGUUCAGGGGAGAUGAGAAAGAUGACGCUGAGCAGUUGCAAGCUGCUGGUGUUACGGAAGGCUCUGUAGUUGUCCUUGUGGAUGAGCCUAAUAAGGGAGUUGACCAUGUUGAACCGCCUCCUGUGAUGACCGAAGAGAUUGCAAAGGCUAUUGCUGCUGUUCUAGCAGUCUCUGGAGAGGUCGAUGAGCUCUCGGAUAGGGUUGGUGCUUUAGAGGCUGCUGUCGAUGGAGGGACGAUAGUUGCGGUGAAGGAGUUUGACAUGACUGCUGAGCUGCUCAUGAGGCAGUUGCUCAAAUUGGAUGGCAUCAAGGCAGAUGGGGAAGCUAGACUACAGCGAAAGGCAGAGGUACGUAGGGUUCAAAAGUUGCAGGAGGAUGUGGAUACGUUGAAGGCAAGAUGUUACAGAGCCAAGCCGCAGCUGUAAGCACUGAGUGGGAUUCAUUCUGAAACGGUGUUGGAGAGCUUGAACCUUCCUCCGCCAGCUUAUGUAAACCCAAGAUUGGGAGAAAUUUUACUGACAUUUUUAUUAUUCUGUUACGUUACAAAAAAAAUAUUGCUUCUUUUUGUUAUUGUUAAAUGAGGAAAUGACCAGAAAAAUAUGGGUUGUAUCCUGGAAUUUGUAUGAUUUUUUUAGUAUCUCAAUCUGAAUAGCAAUACAUUUUUUUUAUGUAU